AUGAGUGUACCCAGUGGAAAAGACCAAGCGUAUGCUAAUGGUAGUAAAGGAAAGCUGGGAACAUCUCCUCUUCACCUGGCAGCCCAAUAUGGCCACUAUUCCACAGCAGAAGUGCUGCUUCGAGCUGGAGUGAGUCGGGAUGCAAGGACCAAAGUGGACAGAACGCCUCUGCAUAUGGCAGCAUCGGAGGGCCAUACCAACAUUGUAGAAGUGCUUGUUAAGAAUGGAGCUGACAUAAAUGCAAAGGAUAUGCUUAAGAUGACUGCCCUUCACUGGGCAGUGGAGCACAGUCACCAAGAUGUGGUUGAGCUCUUGAUAAAAUAUGGAGCUGAUGUUCACACACCAAGUAAAUUCUGCAAGACCGCCUUUGAUAUUGCAGUGGAUAAUGAGGAUGAAGAAUUGAUUAUACUGCUUCAGAGGGCAAUGCAGAACCAGAAUAACACAAACUUGGACAACUCUGAUACGAUUAUGGUUCAUGGUGCUGCACCGCAAUUCAUUAUUGGGCCUGGAGGAGUGGUCAAUCUAACUGGAUUAGUUUCCACUGGAACAACCAAGGCAUCAGAGUCUCCGGUACAAUUUGGCAACUCCUCUACAUCAGUAUUGGCUACGUUAGCUGCUUUGGCAGAGGCAUCAGCACCACUGACUCAUACAACUGAUGGACCAGUGAGGAGUUACAGAAGGGCUUGCUUUUCGUUUGCGAAUACCAGACUUUCGAAUGAUGAGGACACCUAUAUGCCUGCUGAUUCAGAAGUGAAUGGACCUCACUUUGAGACAGUUGCCACAGAAGAAGUAGUGACAGCAGACUCAGUGGAUAGUGCAAUUCAACAAGUGGUCAGCAGUGGAGGUCAGCAAGUGAUUACCAUCGUUACUGAUGAUGUUCAACUGAGCAACUUACAGGCAGCCAGUGAUGGCAUGAAUCAACCAAUCAUCGUCACAAUGCAAGAUGGACAACAAGUUUUGACUGUUCCAGCAACUGACAUUGCUGAAGAGACAGUGGUUACUGAGGAACCAUUGAUAAAGAGGCAAUAUGUGGAGAUAAUUGAAAAUCAUGCAGAGGCCACAGAAAUUGAGAUACAACCAAGUUCUGGCCCAGAAACCUGCACUCUUCACAUAGCAGAAUUCUCAGAGGAGAAAGAAGUGUUACAGAAACAGCUGGAAGAAGCAAACCGUGAGGCACAGAAGUACAGACAGCAGCUUUUGGAAAAAGAGCAGGAGGCAGAGGCCUACAGACAGAAACUGGAAGCCUUCGGCCAUCUGACUUCGAGUAAGAAGGUUCUUUAAUGUGUCAAAUGGAAAUGGAAAGGCAGAAACAUCACAACAAACAAACAGUUCAAUAGUUGUGAAACCUAUGGGAAGGAUGACCUUCUACGAUCACAAUGACAUGGACAACAAUCCCAGUAUUAGAGAGAUGUAGGUCUGAACCCAGAUCAGAAGACUGUUUCUGGGAAAGUUGACAUCUUGAUAGUGAUCCAACAGCACUCAAAGGAUAUAGCUAAAAAUGAGUUGGGGAUUGGAGGUUGAGGACAAGUGAGACUGUGAGUGAUCAGACAUGUUCCAAACAUUUCAACUCAAGUUUGAUUCUGUUGCAAGAGCUAGCAAUCUGCACCCUUCUAAUCAGUCAAUCGUAAUCAUUUUGUUGUCAAUAUAGUUGGAGGCUUUGGUUGUUGUGAGGUUAUCUUUGAAUGGCCUCUUAUCUGUUAGUUACUGAAUCGGAUUAAUAAGAUUCUGGAAAUUGAAUUAAUUUUAUAUGCAGAUUCUGCACAAAUUGUUCCAAUUCCAAUUCAGAGCUGUGAUACUGAGCUGCUAGUCUUCAGAUGAAGCUUUCUCCCACCAUGUUUGCCCUGGCUCUGUCUGUGAGGGGAUUGAAGCUUUCAAAAUAACAAUGUAACUGUAGAGAAUAAACCAAAGACUUUUCAUAUUCCUAAAAUUGUUCUAAAAGUUCAGUUACACAAGUUCAGAAAUGACUUCAUCAUCGUAAUUCUUGAAUUGUUAAGGGGGAGAUUUAACUGCAGUAACUCUUGAGAAGAGAGACCAUCACAAAGCUGGUUAAUGUUCUAUUAAAUUGAAUCACUCAACAUUCACUAUGUUUAAGCAAAAAACAAUAAGUAACAUGAAUGUUUGUAAUUCUUGUAUCUGAUGUCUAUAAGUGAGUUAUCCCUCGCUUUUUGACCAACCAGUCAGUUACCCAGGUAACAGGAAACAUCUCAACAUGGAACUGUACAAGACUGGGAAUUUCCCAGGAUGAAAUUACUCAUUGACAAAAUCAUACCCACCAUUUAGAUCCUCAAGACUGUGGUGUAUUGAGGCAAUGCUGUGUUCAGGCAAUGGUAAUAGAUUAUAUUGUUUACAUUAUUAUAAUGCCAAACCUGACCAAUACAGACCCCAAUAUUCUCACAUUGAACAUCGCCUUCAUACCAAGGAUACAUUUCAACCCAGUAUUGCAGAGCAUUAUAAUUUUUUUUAAAAAUUAUACUCAUUUUAUAAUGUAUUGAUUUGUACUGAGAGUAAGAAGAAAUUCAUCUUCCAAGUAUUAACUUUCAUUGUGGAGCACAUAAAGGUCUAAUGCUGAUAUAUACAGUGGAGAGAGUCAAAUUGUGAAAUAUAUGUUUGGCUGCAAGUUGUAUGAGGUUAGAUAAUUUUCCAUCAAUAUAUUCUGUUUCAAUUUAAUUCACCCCCCAAUAAUUCUUUGUGUCAGAAAGUGAAUUUGCUGUGCUGGUUGCUGGUGCUGCAUGGCUGUUGGAAGAGCCUGCAUGUAUACUUUCUUAAUUCAUUCUAUUGUAACUUGCAAAUGUAAACUUAUCCUCCUGUUUGUAUUCCACUCUGAGCUGGUCAUUUCAUUUCAGUGAUCUCCAGGCACCAUUCAUUCUUUUGUUGCUUGUCCUGAUGCCAAUUGCCUCUUAGCUCAUAUCCAGUGAUUUAAUUUACUAUUUUGUUGGGAUCUUUUCAUUCAAGGUUGUCACAAUGAUCCCUAGUUUAUUAGCAGGACUGAUAGUGCUGACAUAUUGUUUAUGUUAAACGUUGCUAUUUGUUGAAUAUGAAAGAGAGAGCCUGAGCUCCAGCAGCUCAUUUCCACCACUUAUCAGUGUAAACCCAAAUGCAAUUAACUCUUAAAAGCUGCAGUAAAUUCCCGAGUCUUACCUUUAUAGUUUUUUUUCCAUUCAGGCUUUCCAGGUAAUUAUAUAAAUGAAGUUGUUGACAAAGCUUAGAUUUUGUAUUUAAUAAAAUAUUUCUUAAGAAAUGA